CUAGCUCUCUCUAUCUCUCCAACCAUGGUUUGUGAAGGAAGUUCAUCUUUUGACAUGGAAGAAGUUCAAGAAAUUCAAUUCAACAUCAAAGCUCAGGAAGCUAACAAAGGAGAUUCUCAUAGCUAUGAAAAUGAAUCAAACCAGCCAAAUAGUCCUCAAACCAGAAGAUUUGCACUUUGGAUUCGAAUUGGGAUCUAUUCAUUCCUUGCUCUCUUUGGCCAGGCAGCAGCAACCUUGCUAGGCAGAUUGUAUUAUGAAAGAGGUGGAAAGAGCCAAUGGUUGGCAACACUUGUUCAGCUGGCAGGCUUUCCAAUCCUUCUCCCUUACUAUUUCUUCCCAAAUAAAAAGUGUAAAACCAAAACCAAUCACAACACUGCUACUACUACUCAUACUAUUCAGUCAAAUAAACCAUCUACCUUACUUGUUGCCUCACUUUACCUGGUUCUUGGCCUAAUCGUAGCAGCAAAUAGUUUUCUCGCCUCUGUUGGUCUCAUGUACCUUCCAGUAUCAACUUACUCAAUCAUAAGUGUAUCCCAACUGGCCUUCAAUGCUUUCUUCUCCUUCUUUCUCAACUCACAGAAGUUCACUCCUUACAUAAUCAACUCCUUAGUGCUUCUCACCAUCUCUUCUGUUCUGCUCGUUUUCGAACCCAAUUCUGAAGAAUCUUCUAAAGUCUCAAAAGGGAAGUAUGCAACUGGGCUUGUUUGCACUGUAUGUGACUCUGUAGGGUCUGGUUUAGUUUUCUCCUUAACUCAGUUUCUCAUGAAGAAAGUUCUUAAAAAGAAGAGCUUUUCAGUGAUCGUGGAUGUCAUAGUGUUUCAAUCACUUGUGGCAAGCGUUGCGAUUCUUGUGGGACUUUUUGCAAGCAGUGAUUGGGCAACUUUGAGGGAAGAAAUGAAUGAGUUUGAACUUGGGAAAGUUUCAUAUGUCAUGACAUUAUCAUGGACAAUCAUAACAUGGCAACUUUUCUUCAUUGGGACAAUGGGUUUAAUAUUAGAGGUCUCUUCCCUAUUCUCCAAUGCAUUAAGUGUUUUGGGUUUGCCUAUUGUCCCAGUUUUGGCAGUGUUUUUCUUCCAUGAAAAGAUGGAUGGGAUCAAGGUUAUGUCUAUGGUUUUGGCUAUUUGGGGCUUUGUUUCAUAUGCUUAUCAAAACUAUCUUGACAAUCACAGUUCCAAGAAUGACAACCCAAUAAGCAAUAGUCAAAACAAUGCUUCACCUGAGAAAGAGAUCAAUGAUUGAAUUUAUGAAUUAGCUUGUUUUCUAUAAGAUUUAUACGUAAAUAUAAAAGAAAAAGAGAGACAAAUAAAAUAAAAUAAAAUAAAAGAUUAGAUUAGAUGGGUUUGUUACUUACAUU